UUUCUUUGCUGAUCUUGACAUUCAUGUUAGGAGAUUAAUAGAUAAUUUCUUCUGACUCUGACUGUUAGCAUAUUUCAGAAGUUAGAACUAAUUUUUUUUUCAUUCAUAUUCUUGGUUUUUAUAAUUCUAGAUUUUCAUUGAUUCUUUAAUUUAGUUUCUAAAUUUUGUAUUCUCAUAAGCAACAGGAUGACUUUUGUUCAGGACAUUGAAAGUAGCUUUGUAAAGGGUAGCUCGAUUGUCUUAAAAGAUGAAAAAGUUCCUUUAUUGGCUCACAAGAGAGCCUCUUUUGGUAGUUCUGUUUUUAAUUUGUCAUGCACCAUUGUGGGUGCUGGAAUCAUGAGCUUGCCUGCUGCUAUCAAAGUAUUAGGUGUUAUUCCUGGUGUUAUUUUGAUUAUAAUUGGGGGAUUUUUGACUGAGGCCUCAAUUGAGUUCUUGAUUCGGUUCAGUGAUGCAUCUUGUUCAUUUUCUUAUUCUUCUGUCAUGGAAGAUGCAUUUGGUAAAAUUGGCAAGUUCUUAGUGCAGCUGUGUGUUGUAAUCAACAAUAUCGGCACUUGCAUCAUUUACUUGAUCAUAAUCGAGGAUGUGCUCUCUGGAUCAACUACUUCAAGUGGGGUUCAUCACCCAGGUGUAUUAGAAGAUGAGUUUGGACAACAAUGGUGGACCGGGCGUGCAUUUGUGCUGUUCGUCCUAACCCUAUUUGCAUUCAUGCCUUUGAUAUGGUGUAAGCGUAUAGAUUCAUUAAGAUACACUUCAGCUGUAGCAGUUGCACUUGCAGUGCUCUUUAUAGUCGUUGUCAUUGCAAUCACAGCUUUCAAGCUAGUCGAGGGAACUAUACAAGAGCCUGCAUGGUUUCCAGUUAUUAAGAGCUUUGAAUCGUUUUGGAAUCUCUUCACUGCUGUACCUGUUCUUGUUUGUGCAUACCUUUGCCACUUCAAUGUUCAUCCGAUACAAAAUGAACUGAAAGAUCCAAGCCAGAUGCAAGCAGUAGUUAGGACUUCCCUUUCACUCUCUGGAAUAGUGUACCUUCUAACAGGCUUAUUUGGGUUCUUGCUCUUUGCAAACUCCACUGCUUCCGAUAUUCUCUCCAACUUUGACACUGACCUUGGAGUACCCUAUAGCUCGUUGCUGAACAACAUUGUCCGUGUUAGCUAUGCGGGUCAUAUCAUACUUGUCUUCCCUGUUAUCUUCUAUUCCCUAAGACUUAAUUUUGAUGGCCUAAUGUUUCGUCAUGCAAGGCCCCUGGCGACAGAGAAUUGGAGAUUCGUGUUUGUCACGUUCAUAUUGAUGUCUGUGAUCUUGUAUGGAGCUAUAUUCAUCCCUAGUAUCUGGCAGGCCUUUGAAUUUACUGGAGCCUCUUCUGGAUCUUUGCUCCUAUUUAUAUUUCCUGCUUCCAUUGUCCUCAAGGACCGUCAUGGUAUAGCAACGACGAAGGACACAAUCUUAGCAUUCUUCUUGAUCCUUGUUGCUGUGUUAGCGGAUGUGAUUGCCAUUUACAGCAACGUGAGAUCUUUGAUCCCAACGCCUUCAUGAUCAUGCCUAGUCCUGGACCAACAUAGUUUUUUCUCAUAGAAAAAAGGGGCAUUCGAUUAUAUCUGCCAGGGUUCACAAUUUACAAUAGGAUCAUGUCUGUAAUUUGACUGAUGUAAGAAAAAUUGAUGGCAACGCACAAUUUUGAAUAUACCAUCGAAGUAUUGAACUAUACUGCACAUAACUACUUCAGAAAGUGCAUAUCUAUGAAACUACUAUUUAAAACUUUUUGAAGUUGAACAAAAAGUUAAAUGUAUGAGAUGUCACUCACGUAUUCCAAACAACUCAAUUUAGUUUAGUUCCUAAAUUAAUCUCUUGUUAUCCUACCAUUCAAUUGUUCGUAUACCAGGUAAAUAUAGAAACUCUAGUUAGAGUGGUUACCUUACUUUGUAAUCUCUCACACAAGCUAGCACAUCGUGUA